UUCUUUUCUCCCGCCAAGCAUUUGAACACCUAAUCUUUUCCCCACCAUCGGACGCACAGGAUGAACUUGACUAGUUCUCAUCACCAUUGUGAUUCGCAGCCAGGGCUGCCACCACUAACAUGCUCUCAGGGCCACCGCACAACUCUGAUCCUCCCUACGGAGGAAGGCGGAUCCAUCUGUCUACUGUGCUUCUCGAACCUUGUAUCCAAUCCGAGAUCGCCAACUGUCCAUGUGUCUUACGCACUCUCCCAGCUCUCUAUCGCCAUCACCCAGCCACAAUUCCGCCAGACCUUCUUCAAUUUCCACUCUCAUUUCCUCAUCUCGCCUCUCGUCGGUGUCCUCUCCUCUUUCGAAGACGAUCCUAUCGCUCAGCAGACGGUGGAUUUGAUUGUGCAGAUUUGUGUUGCGGCCAACUUCGAGGUCUUUCAGGAGUUCGUGGCUCGGGUCUCUGACAGGCUAUCGAGUGGAUCUCUUGCGUGGAGUCGGCGCCAGCGCUACACUCUUCACUGUUUAGGUGUGCUUUUGAACUAUCAGAAAACUGAAACUUGUGCUUCCAUUAAAGAUGCGGAUUCCCUCAUUUUCAACCUUGUCAAUGGUCUUCAAUUAUCUAGUGAGGAGGUUCAAGCAGAGAUCCUAUUUGUCCUGUACAAAAUAUUUCUUCUCCUGCAAUCUCAUAUAGACAAUAACUUUACCGACAGUGUAUUCCUUCACUGUCCCAAGCUAGUCCAAUUAUCCCUGGAGGUUCUCCUGAAAGCAGAAAAUGAUGAUCUACGUUUGAACUGUGUAGCACUUCUGACAGUAUUGGCCAAGAAAGGCUUGUUCCAGACUAUAUCCGUCAAUGAUGCAAGGAGGAACAUUAUCUCUGCUCAAAAUUUGAUUCCAACAUCAGAAUAUACAAUCCUCAAUCCUCCUCUAGUUAACCUGUUUGCUGAGGCUGUCAAAGGUCCUCUGCUUUCUUCAGAUAAUCAAGUGCAAGUUGUAACACUGGACUUGCUCUAUCUUUUUCUCUCUUGGGAAGAAGUCUCGGGGAAAGAAAUUGAAGUGUUUGUGGAGCAAAACAUUGCAGAUUAUGCAUUUGAAAUAUUGAGGUUGUCAGUUGAGUCAUCCCAAACAAAAGAGUGCAAAGGUCCUCUGAUUAAUGGUUGCAUUCAGGUCCUUGAUGUUUUAUCUACUGCUGAAAAAACAUUUCUACAAAGAUUAGCUACUGGAUUGACAACCCUGGUUGCCAUUCUUCAACAUGUUGGUGAUGUGCCUUUUCACCCUGUUCAAACUGAGACACUAAAGCUCAUAUGGAGUUGUGUAACAAACUGGCCAGGGAUAGUAUCCAAAUCUCACUUUGAAGAAAUAAGCUUGAUCUUGAGCAGGAUGUUAAAGAAAAAUAUUGACGGGGAUGCUGGAAUGUUACCCAGGACAUUUGCUUUGGUUUGUUCAAUACUUGUUGCUCUUAUGAAAUGUUCAGCUACCCAGGGGAUUUCAAGUUUCCUCAUGUCAAUUCAAGAUGCACCAAGAAAUGCUGUUUUAACGAGUUUAAGCCAUUAUGAUAAACAACCAAGUCAAUUGUUGCACUCCCUUUACCUGCUGAAAGAGGCAUAUGCUUACAGUCAUGGGGAAAAUUUGACAGGCUCCAUAUGCACAGAAUUAAGAGAGGGGAUCAUAGACGUAUGUAAAACACAAAUACUGCCUUGGUUUAUGAGGGCCCUUAAUGAUAUUGAGGAUGAGGACAUUGCAUCGGCAGUGUUUGAAACUUUUCAUGCAAUACUGCUGCAAGACUAUAAUACGGGAACCAAGACAUUUGCAAAUAUUCUGCUCUCAUCUUCCUGGUUCAGUUUUUCAUUUGGUGCAUUAGGCUUAUUUCCGACAGAAAAAAUGAAACUGAGGGUUUAUUUUUUGUUCAGCUCAUUGUCUGAGGCUCUUAUAGGAGAUGAUGAUUCUGGGAAGUGUAUUAGGGAUGCUGCCCCUCAUUUACCAUCUGACCCAGUGAAUUUGUUCUUCCUUAUUGGCCAGAAAAGCUCCCAAAAUCAUGAGCUGUCUUCAUGCCAAUAUGCUGUGCUGAUUUUAUUGCACAUCAGCUCUUUCAGUGAUGAUAGGAUUGCUGAUGAUAAGCUUGUCUUAGCUUCGCUGGAACAAUUUAUCAUACUCAAUAGCAAUGAAUGUUUGUAUGGACCUUUUCCCCCCCGGAUGUUGAAACUACUUGUAAAUCUCUACGCACUGUAUAGGGCUCUAGCCAAAAUCAGCUACCAAAUUUCUUACAGCCUAGAGGCUGAGAGGAUCAUGUUUCAUCUAUUAGCUGAAAAGAAUUGGAAUUUGCUGACCACAAAAAUCAGCCCAACAUCUUUGAAAUGGCUGUUCCAACAAGAGAGAAUUUGCAAACUGUUGUCUCUCCAGAUUCUGAAUUUUUUCAGAUCAUACGACGACUUGAAAGGACAGCAAAAUGUAGAUUUACAUGUUGUAGCAGAUCUUAUAGCAUCUGGGGAUAACUUUGCUGGAAUGCUCUUUGUUAGUGUCUUAGAAGAGUUGGCAGAUGAAUUUGACAAAGAGAUUGACACCGGUCUGGUUUUAAGAGCAAUACAUGACAUAAUUGAAAUAGCGCCAUCUGCUUCAGAUCAGUUAUGCUUGCAUGGGAUAUCAUCUGCGAUUGAGAAGUUUUAUCAUCAGUCCAGAUAUUCUUUUUCUCCAGAUUUGUUCAUGUCUAUUUCAGAACUAACUUUUAUGAUUCUACAAGCAGUACAGUCUGAGUCAAUUUCUGAAGAGGAUAAAUGGGUUGGCAUAGUAGUGAAGUUGUUGGAUUUCCUCAUACCAUCUGUAACUGCUGAUGGAUGGAGCAUGGAAACUCUCAUAAUAAUUGGAAUUUUUUCAAUGAUCCUACAUCAUUCUAUAAAUCAGAAACUGGUUGAAGCUUCAAAAAGCAUACUCUUGAGUGCCCCUUUGGUACAAAUGCUCAGCAACACAAUUACUGAAGCAUGCUGUAAGGGACCUGCUCUUCUCGACCAUGAUCAAGCUACAGAGAUCGGGGAAGUUCUAAUUUCUGUGCUUGCAUUAUUAUUUUUCGCAUUUAGAAGUGGGUAUGCCAAUUUACCAGGGAUCGUGGACUGCCGGCAUCUUCUUGAUGAGAGUGAGUGCAACCUGAAACAGCCUCUACCAUAUAUAAGCAUAAAGUGCCGUGACUUGUGCAAGUUGAUUCAUUUUGGCUCCUCUAGAGUAAAACUGGUUGCCUCUUAUAACCUCCUGGAGAUUUUUAACAGACUAUCAUCAGAAUUAUAUGUAACAAAACCAGAUAAGAUAAACUUAGAAAAAGCUUUUCUCUUGUCUGUGAUUGUCAUACUAAAAGGCCUGAUCUUCUCUAGCGACAUUGGAGUUUCUAUGAAUUGCUCCCUUUCUUUGUCAAUGAUCAUUGGGUGGCAAGGUAUGCAGACACAGGUAUCAGCAAUUGAAAGAGACAGUUGGUUUCGGCUGAUCAUGGAAGAAUUGGCAAUGUCUUUGGCUUUUCCGCGCUUGGCAUCAAAGUCCUUCACGGCCUACCACAAGCCAGCGAUUCAUGUAGCCGUUGCAUUGCUGAGGAUGAAGCAAACUCCUCCAUGGAUCACUUCAGUGUUUGAUGAAUCUUGUAUUCAGGGCAUCAUACAUAACAUUUCGGUAUCUAAUUUGAGCUCUGAACUCGUUCUUUUUUUUCGAGAACUGCUUAGCGCUGGAUAUUUGAAGGAUGGACAGAUCUCAUGCUUAAAUCGCAUAUUCCAGGUUCUAUAUCCUUGCUUCAAUAUCCUUGUACAAUAACUAGUUUCAUGUUUGUUUUCGUUCUCAUUUAUUUAUUUUAAGGUAAGGAAGUGUUUGUUAUUGCUUCUAUAUUAAAUUGUUUUUGAAAAAGUAAAAGUUGAUAAUGUUUGGUAAAAAUGUGUUUUUUGUGUAAUAGAAAAAGCUAUGUUGUAAAAACCGGACCGGGAGGCGACCGUGACAAGUUACCGGGUCAAGGGUCAACCCGGACCCAGAGGAUCGACUCGGUCAAGACCGGUUAAACCGAUCAACGGUAUAUAUAUUCUAUAAAAAAUAUAAUUAAAUUUGUAAAGAAAACAAUAUCUUCCUUCCUAAUUUAAAAACUUUUAUUCCCUAUGGAGUAGUACAUAAUUAAUAAUUGUAGGUUUGAAUAAUUGAAAUAGCUUAAUUAUUCAAGAGUCAGGGAGGUGUAUAAAUACACAUGUACAGGAGGUUACAGAUCCUAAAAAAUAGGAUCAGAACUAACUGCUAGGAACAGAAUAACAACUAAGCUAUCUUAUCCUUAAAAGACUAAACGUACUCUAACUAAUUAUAUUUCAAAUUAUAUACGUAAUACAACAUUGUUUACGUAAAUCCACACUCCCCCUCAAGUUGGAGCGUAUAUAUCAUACAUUCCCAACUUGCUAACAAGUACAUCAAAGGUCGGUUUAAAUAGACCCUUUGUUAGAAUAUCUGCCGUUUGAUCUUGUGAAGGUACAAAUGGAAUGCAGAAUGUUCCAUUCUCGAGUUUCUCCUUUAUAAAAUUCCGAUCUACUUCGAUGUGUUUAGUUCUGUCAUGCUGUACAGGAUUUUGAGCUAUGCUUAUUACAGCUUUGUUAUCACAGAACAACUUCAUGGGCGGUCUGUUUUCAAUUUUUAAGUCCUUGAGUAUUCUGUUGAUCCACACAAUUUCACAAGCUCCAUUUGCCAUGGCUCUGUAUUCUGCUUCGGCGCUACUUCUAGCCACAACAGUCUGUUUCUUGCUCUGCCAGGUGACCAAGUUUCCCAUACAAAUGUGCAGUAACCUGAUGUGGAUCUUCUGUCUGUUACCGAUCCUGCAUAAUCAGCAUCUGUAAAGGCUACAACAGACCUGUUUUUUCCUUUUUAAAAUAAAAGGCCUUUUACUGGACAACCCUUCAAAUACCUAAGUAUUCUAUAAGCAGCUUCAAGAUGUUCUUCACGUGGUUUGUGCAUAAAUUGACUUACCACACUCAAGCAAAUACUAUGUCAGGGCGGGUAUGAGAUAAGUAAAUUAAUCUACCAACCAGCCUCUGAUAUUGCUGAAUGUUGACUUCAAUCCCUCCAUUUCCUCCUAAUUUCUUAUUUGCAUCAACUGGAGUAUCCACUGGCUUACAACCACUCAUUCCUGUAUCCACAAGUAGGUCUUGAACAUAUUUUUGUUGUGACACAACUAUGCCUUUGCUGGAACGUGCUACUUCCAUAGCAAGAAAAUAUUUCAUCUCGCCUAGAUCCUUGAUGUCAAAUUCCUGUGCCAACUUUUUCUUUAGCCUUGUUACUUCUACUUGGUCAUCUCCAGUAAGAAGUAUGUCAUCUACAUAGACAAUGAGAACCGCCAUCUUUCCAUCUCUUGAAUGUUUAGUGAACAAAGUGUGAUCAGCUUGUGCCUGCACAUAUCCCUGCUGUUUCACCACUUCAGUAAAUCUCUCAAACCACGCCCUUGGAGAUUGUUUUAAUCCGUACAAGGCCUUCUGCAAUCUACACACUUUAGAGACGAACUUUGUUUCAAAUUCGGGUGGCGGUAGCAUGUAGACUUCUUCCUCCAAUUUGCCAUUUAAGAAGGCAUUUUUAACAUCAAGUUGAUUUAAUGGCCAGUCCAAAUUUGCUGCAAUAGAUAACAGAAUUCGAAUGGUAUUUAGUUUAGCAACGGGAGCAAAGGUUUCCGUAUAAUCAAUACCGUAAGUUUGUGUGAAUCCCUUGGCUACUAAACGGGCUUUGUAGCGUUCGAGAGUUCCAUUGGCAUUGAAUUUUGGAGUAAAAAUCCAUCUGCACCCUACUGUUGGCUUUCCUUUCGGUAAUUCUGUAACCUUCCAUGUUUGGUUCCUUUCUAAUGCACUCAUCUCCUCAAGAACGGCCUUUUUCCACUCUAGGACAUUUAGAGCUUCCUGUAUAUUUCUAGGAAUCUGAAUUUGAGUCAUGUUAGUGGUAAAGGCAGAAAAAGAGCUGGACAGAUUUGAGAGGGAGAUAAAGUUGGACAUUGGGUAUUUAACACAAGAGCGUUUUUCUUUUCUUAAGGCUAUGGGAAGAUCAAGGUCUGAAGACUUACGAUAUGGUUCUUCUGAUCUUGGGUCUGAUUCAUGGCCAUGAAGAGUAGUAUCAAGUUCUAUUCUUUGAUCAGAAUUCCUUCUUUUAUGUCUGCCCAAAGAACUUCGAUGACUGAAACCGCAACCUAUUUUCAGAAUGAUUUUCAUGCAAAUUUUCAAGAAUUGGACUCUCAUGCAAGUUUUCAGUGACCUUGGUAGGAGUUUGACUUUGCACAGAGCAUUGUGAAUCAAUUUCUUUACGAUUUUCAGUGCUUGUUGGCUUAUUCAUUAAAGGUUCCAACUGAACGUCAUACUCAUGUUGUGUUCCUUGAUCAAAAAAUAAAAAUCUAAGUUCUGAGAUCUAUCAAUAUUGGUUGCAAUGCUUUUUAAAUUUUUGUAAGGUUGUGACAUAUUUUGAUUCAUUUCAAUAUUUCGACUCCCCCCUGAGAAGGAUUUCCAAAAAAAGAUUGAUGUUCAAAAAACUGUGUAUCCAUUGUUGUGAAUAGUUUUCUAGCCGUGGGAUCCUAACAUUUAUAUCCUUUUUGGUUAGGGGCUAUUCCAACAUAGACACACUUUCUAGCCUUUGGUUCAAAUUUCCCAGCAUUUCUAUUGGGAUUUUGAAAAAAAACUGUGCAACCAAAUAUCUUCAUUGACAUAGAACUUAUUAAUCUAGAAUUAGGAAAUUCCUUUUCUAGCAUUUGAAUUGGAGUUUUAGUGUGCAAAAUACUCCCUACCAUUAUCACUUCGAACAAUUUGAAUUUUAGUGUCAAAUUGUGUGAGUAUCAUGUUGUAGAAGUUUUUAAAAAUUUGCUCUACUUCAGACUUUUCUUUUAACAAAUAUACCCAACAAACUCUACUGUGAUCAUCAAUUAGAGUUAUGAACCACCUUUUGCCAUAACACGUUGUGAUACAUGAGGGACCCCAAAUAUCGGUAUGAAUCAAUGCAAAUGGUUUAGAUGGUUGAUAUGGAUGGGAAGCAUAUGUAUUUUUGUGAUGUUUAGCAAGAGCACAAAUCUCACAUUGGAAAACUGAAGGAUCUUUAUUCCGAAACAAAUUUGGAAACAAUUUUCUCAAGUAAUAAAAACUAGGAUGUCCUAAUCUAAAAAGCCACAAAUAAAUUUCAUCAUUACUCAAAACAGAAGCGGUUUGCAGACAUGAACUUCCUAGAGCUUCCUUAUUUAAGUUGGUUUCAUCAUCUAGGAUGUAGAGACCAUCACUUGCUCUAGCACUGCCAAUCAUCUUUCCCGAGACCGGUUCCUGAAACUCACAAGAAGAGGAAGUGAACUUAACAGAACAAUGAAGGUCAUUUGUGAGUUGACUGAUAGAUAGAGGUUGCAUGAAAACUUAGGAACAUGAAACACAUUAGACAAGGUUAAGAAAGGAGAGACUUUAAUGUUGCUAAUACCAACAACAGUUGAGUAAGAACCAUCGGCAAUUUUGACUUUCCUAUUACCAGCACUUGGUUUAUAGGAAUAAAAUAAACUGGAACAAUUUGUCAUAUGAUCAGAAGCCCCGAAAUCUAUUUUCCACAGGGUUUUAGUUUGAAAACAACUAAAGGAAGACACAUAAGAGUUACCAUUUAGAACAGAUUGUGAUAAAAUAAGAUUACCAGAAGAGGCUCUAUCAGAUUCAGAUAUGAUUUUCAGGAUUUGGUCUAUUUGUCCUUGAGUGAAUUGGGCCGUUUCUGAUUUGACUUGUUGCACUUCAGGGGGUUCAACCAUGGUGUGAAGGGCUCGAUCGGAUUUAGGUUUCCAUCCUGGUGGUUUGCCAUGAAUCCUCCAGCAUGUAUCACGAGUGUUCCACAACUUCUUGCAGAAAUCACACCAGGGUUUCUUCUUCUUGUCACCGAUUUGUUCGUUGUUUCGAACUACCAGUGCAGAGGCAUCAUUUGCAUUGUUGUCACUGUCCAUAAGAUGUUUGUCCGUGCUCAUGAUCUUGCGCCUAUUCUCUUCAAGACGAACUUCUGAGAAGACCUCACGGAUUGAUGGAAGAGGUCUACGGCCAAGAAGUCUACCUUUGACAUCGUCAAGGCUUUGAUUCACAUUAGCAAGAAACAUAAAGACACGAUCAUUUUCUUCACGUUUCUUCUGGCGAGCUUGGUCAUUCUUGUUCUACCAUACAUCAUUGUUGCAGUGAUCAAGUUCCUGCCAAAAAGAGACCAUUUCAUUAUAGUAAGUGGUCACAUCACGCUGGCCCUGUUUGGAUUUCCAUAGUUGGGUUUUCAGCUCAAAGGUUUGUGCGAAACUUUCCAGAUCUGAAUAGGUCUCACGAACAGCAUCCCAGACUUCAUUCGCUGUCUUGAGAAACAUAUGGGAUCUAGCUAUUGAAGCAUCCAUGGAAUUAAGCAGCCAUGCAGUGACCAGGGAGUUCUCCGAUCGCCAUACCUUGUAAUUGGGUUCAUCAGGUUCUGGGACUUUGGUCUCACCUGUCAAGAACCCUAGUUUGCCUCUACCAUCAAUGGCCAACUUUACGGAUUGAGACCAUUCCAAGUAGUUGCUUCCAUUCAGUCUAUGAACAGUAACCUGCAUAGAUGAAUGAAUUGCUUCUACUGAAGAGGUGGAAGAGGACACAAGAGGUUGGGUGGUGUUUGAGCUGGUUUGGGAUACGGGAGUAGUCAUUGAAUUUUUGAUCGGCUAUUUCUAAAGAGAGCUCUGAUACCAUGUAGGUUUGAAUAAUUGAAAUAGCUUAAUUAUUCAAGAGUCAGGGAGGUGUAUAAAUAUACAUGUACAGGAGGUUACAGAUCCUAAAAAAUAGGAUCAGAACUAAAUGCUAGGAACAGAAUAACAACUAAGCUAUCUUAUCCCUAAAAGACUAAACGUACUCUAACUAAUUAUACUUCAAAUUAUAUAUGUAAUACAACAUUGUUUACGUAAAUCCACAAUAAUAUUUGUAACCAAACCAUGAAUGCAUAUCAAAUUAGAGGAACAAAAAAAUAAACAUAACAUUAAUUCAAAGUUAUAAACAUUGUAUAGAUGUGUUUUUACUUAUAUUUGGAAUAUAUAAUACAUAUUCUAAUAGUACUUCGUACAUAAUAACAAUAGUAUGCAUAAUUAGUUUUCAUUUCAUAUUAUUAAUCAAAGUAGCUUUAUGAUGUAAUGAUAUCUACAAAAGAAUAAUAUUGCGUGAGAAGCAUUGUAUUUCAACAGGCUGUAGAUGAGUUGGUAGCAUGGCUGCUAUGCAUAGCAUGAGGUAGGUGGUUCGAUUCCCCUUCGUGGCAUUUUUUCUUCAUGCAGGCCGGGUUUUACCGGGUAUCCGGGUUUGAGCACUCUGGGCCGGGUGCGGGUUAAGCUGGUUUACCAGUUAUUUCCGGUUUUGACUUAAUUAACGGGUUAGAGUACAACCGGACUGGAUUGAUUGCCGGUUCGCCGGGUUCCGGGCUGACCCGCCUAGUCCGGUCCUUUAAACAUAGGAAGAAAAAAAUAGUUUAAAGCACCCUGCCACCCCUCCACUUGCUUCCAACUAUUAGCUUUAAGUGCUUAAUUUACGAAGAAGCUUUCACUUGAAAGUCACUUAAUUUUUUUUUGCA